AUGAGCGCGGUCAAGAAGGUCGAGCGUCUGACGUUUCCGUUCCAGACCCCAGAUCCCUUCCUCUUCGCGGUCUACCACGACGACAAGUACCCGCCCGGCGAUGGGCAGAUGAGAGCGCCGAGGACCGGCAACGGGGCUGAUUUUAACCCAUCGGCGUCCUACCGAAUGUACCACGGCGAGCGCGUCCCGGGGUUUCCGCAGCAUCCGCACAGAGGGUUCGAGACCAUCACCGCCACGAUGGAGGGAUUGGUGGACCACACGGACUCGGUGGGCAACGCCGGACGGUACGGCCAAGGCGACGUCCAGUGGAUGACCGCGGGCAAAGGCAUCGUCCACGGCGAGAUGUUUCCUCUCGUCAACGACGACGCGCCGAACCCGCUGCGACUCUUCCAGAUCUGGCUCAACCUCCCCGCGCGGAGCAAGAUGGUCGACACCGCGUUCGUCAUGCACUGGGCCGAGGACGUGCAGAGCGUGACGGACGCGAACGCCGGGUACGAGCUCGUGGUGUGGGCCGGUGAAUUAAACGGAUGCGCGGGUCAGAAACCCCCGCCCGCGUCGUGGGCCGCCGACGCGAACAACGACGUCGCCGUCUACUUCAUCACGGUCCACCCGGGCGGUACCUUCACGCUCCCGCCGUCCAAGAUCGGCGCCUUGAGUAACAGGUACGCGUACUUCUUCGAAGGCGACGCCGUGGCGAUUGACGCGAGAGAGAUUCCGGCCAAAUCCGCGAUUGAGAUGGACGCGAGCGCCGAGGCGAAGAUUGCCGUCCCGGCGUCCGCGUCCGCGUCCGCGUCGCUGCUGGUGCUGCAGGGACGGCCCAUCGGGGAGCCGGUGGCGCAGCACGGGCCCUUCGUCAUGAACACCAGGGAGGAGAUCAUGCAGGCGUUUUCGGACUACCAGAGGACGCAGUUCGGCGGCUGGCCGUGGCCGGAGGACGCGGUGGUGUUCCCCAAGGAUAAGGGAAGGUUCGCGCUGCUCAACGGGACGGAGACGCGGCCGCCCAACGCCACCGCCGGCGCCAAGGAGGAGCUCUGA